AUGAUUGUAGUCCUUAUCUCCUUUGCAAUGGAUUUGAUAAUAGGAUCUUCUGGUGGAGUGGAGACAAUUGAUGUUGUAGGUAUGGUUUUGUCUGUGAAGAUUUGUGAGGAUAUUGGGAUCGAAAUAAGAGGUAGAGAUGUUUCAAUACAACUUAUUUGUGGUAGAGGAGGUAUUGAUGAUAUCAAAAUUGAUGAAGUGGGCAUUUAUCGGUUGAUCUCUGAACAAGAUACCCCCAAGAAGAAUUGGCAGAGGCAUUGGCUUUGGGUUAAGCGAAACCCUAUGGGGCAUGGGUUUCGCAGAACCCAAGACCUUCCUGACUGUCAUCCCAAUCUAUUCGGGAGUAACUUAAGUCUUGGCAAAUUACUAGCAAACAUCGCUAUCAUUGGAGAGAAUUGGGAGGAUUUCAUCCUUGAUGCGGCCGGUAUGAGCGUCGCCUGGAGGGCUCAUGGGAAGAUGGCGCAGUUGUUCGUUAUGUGA